AUCCCGGGAUCGUCGCACGCAUGCGCGAAAAGAGGGCCUGUCUAUCAACACUACGGUCUUGACGUGACAUCGCGGGUGCGAAUUUGAGGUGGCGACGAGAUCGAGGACGAGAAACUGUGCGAGUGAAAGAGAAAGAGGGAAAGACGGCGUGGCGCGCCUUCGUAAAGAGUAACGAUACGAAUCGCGUAGAAUGGGAAGAUUACAGAGACAUGGUGCCGUAUUAGUGGUAAUAUCCCUCUUAUUAGAAACCAAUGGCUUCUAUGUACCUGGAGUUGCUCCAGUGGAGUUCAAGAAGGGCCAGAAGAUUGAUGUUAAAGCUGUCAAAAUGACCAGCAUCCAUACGCAAUUACCAUAUGAAUAUUACUCUCUUCCCUUUUGUCGACCCAAGAAAGAAAUUGUUUACAAGUCUGAAAAUUUGGGUGAAGUGCUGCGAGGUGACAGGAUUGUAAAUACUCCAUACGAGGUUGUAAUGGGAGAAGAUAUCAGUUGUAGAUUGUUAUGUCACAGCUCAAAAAUGCCGAUGACCUGGAACGAACCUGAAUCCCAGCACGUUAUCCAGAUGGUUCAGCACGAAUAUUUUGUCCAUUUAUUAAUAGAUAAUCUACCAGCAGCUACUAGAAAGAAACACAAAGAGACAAAUAAUGUGGUUGUUUAUCAAGGAUAUCGCUUGGGUGGAAUAAUAAAUGAUCAAGUGUACAUCAACAAUUAUCUUAAGCUAAUAUUAAGCUAUCACAAACAUGGCGAGGACGAAUUUAGAGUAGUCGGAUUCGAGGUUGAAACUCGAUCCGUUGACACAUCUCAAUUAAAGUUCGACGGGAAUACCUGUAUGGUACCGAACGAAGCAAACCAGCAGUUUGUCAAUUCCAAAGGCACAAGCCUCCUGUUUCUAUAUUCGGUUGAAUGGAAAAAAUCAGACGUGAGUUGGGCAAGCAGAUGGGACGUGUAUCUGGGCAUGAGUGAUGUCGAGAUUCAUUGGUUCUCGAUCAUCAAUUCCCUCAUUGUCGUCUUCUUUUUAUCUGGAAUUCUGACAAUGAUCAUGGUGAGGACGCUUAGAAGAGACAUUGCUCGUUAUAAUGCAGGCGAAAGCGACAGUUUGGCUGGUCUUGACGAAACGAUCGAAGAGACUGGUUGGAAGCUAGUCCAUGGAGAUGUGUUUCGACCGCCAACCAACUCCCGCUUAUUUGCUGCCGUGAUCGGCAGUGGCAUCCAAAUUUUUUUUAUGGCUUUGAUCACAAUAUUCUUUGCAAUGUUAGGGAUGCUAUCGCCAGCGAGUCGAGGUGCCUUGGGCACUUGUGCGAUAUUCUUGUACGUGUUUUCCGGUUUGAUCGCCGGUUAUUUCUCAGCGCGAUUGUACAAAACGAUGCGAGGUCGAGAAUGGAGAAGAGCCGCCCUGCUGACGGCGACAUUUUAUCCUGGUAUAGUCUUCACGACAUGUUUCUUCCUAAAUUUCUUCAUAUGGGGAAAACACAGUUCCGGUGCAGUCCCAUUUACUACCAUGAUAGCUCUGCUGUGCCUCUGGUUCGGCAUCUCACUACCUCUGGUCUAUCUCGGUUACUUUUUCGGCUACCGUAAACAGCCCUUCACACAUCCAGUUAGAACAAAUCAAAUCCCCAGACAAGUUCCUGACCAGUUGUGGUACAUGAAUCCAAUAUUAUGUACUUUAAUGGCUGGAAUCUUGCCGUUUGGUGCAGUAUUCAUAGAACUCUUUUUCAUCUUGACUGCACUGUGGGAAAAUCAAUUCUACUACCUCUUUGGAUUUUUAUUCCUUGUUUUCUGCAUCCUUAUAAUUUCGUGUUCGCAGAUAUCGAUAGUCAUGGUCUACUUCCAGUUGUGUGGCGAAGAUUAUAGAUGGUGGUGGCGGAGUUUCAUCGUGAGCGGUGGAUCAGCGGUUUAUGUGCUGGCGUAUUCCAUCUUUUACUUCAUCACCAAACUGGAAAUUACCGAACUAGUACCAACCCUCAUGUAUUUUGGCUACACCGCGUUGAUGGUCCUUACAUUCUGGUUAUUGACCGGUACGAUCGGUUUCUUUGCCGCGUACGCUUUCAUCAGAAAGAUAUACGCGGCUGUCAAGAUAGACUAGUCAAAAUUUUCACUAAUAGAGUAAUGCGAGUGAAUAAAUAGAUUUUUAAUUUAAUGAAGAGAAAAUGAGAGAGAGAGAGAGAGAGAGAAAGAGAUACGAUUUAAGUUUUUUGUAUAGAAACAAUAAAUGGAAUAAGUGGAUUCA